ACAGAAACACAGAAGCGAACCUAACCCCCCCUCGAACGAGCCGUGCUUUAAUUACUCAGACGGACUAGUGUGAGACAGUUGAAGUUGACACACGAGCGCCGAGCGGACAUCCAGACACAGAUAGACUCGCGCAUCGCAUCUACCUGCAGGAUGGCCGACAACAGCAGUCAGAACGAGGUGCUUAUGCAGCACGCGCCCAGCGCGGAAACCGUGACUCCCGCUCCAGCCAGCUCCUCCUCUAAGAGAUGGGGUUUGGCAGGAUUAGCGGUGCUAGCGUGCCUACUGCUAGCUGGCCAGGGGAUCUCCAUCUACUCUCUACUGCACCAGCAGCAGCAGAUCACCGCACUCAAGGACGCCACACACACACUCAAGACACUGGUCACACAGCAGAGGAACACAGGGCCGGCUCGUGUGAUGCAGGUGCCAAUGGGAAUGUCUCUGCUGACGGACGUUGCUGAGAGCGAUGAGAAAACACCUCAAGGACGACGCACACCCCUCACGAAGCUGCAGAAGGCCAUGAAGAGCUCUGGAGCAGCCCCUACUGGAGAGUCCCCAAUUAACCCUUCGUGUGCUGUAGCGGCGGCCGGCGUGCGUGUGUUGGGCUCCUACCGCCCCCAGUGUGAUGCGGAGGGACACUACCUGCCUAUGCAGUGCUGGACGGCCACCGGAUACUGCUGGUGUGUGGACGCCCAGGGCACCGAGAUAGCCGGCACGCGCCAACGCUUUAGCAAGCCCACGUGCCAAUGAGGUGUGCUGACGUGAAGAGAGAGGAGUCUCCAUCAUGAUUCAUCAUCAUCAUCAUCAUCAUCAUCAACAACCUCCUCUUCCUCCCUGUGUUUAUUUGGGGUUCAAUCAGAGUAUCUCUCUCUCUCUCUCUCUCUCUCCCUCUCUCUCUCUCUCUCUCUCUCUCUCUCUCUCUCUUAAUUGAAGUCUUUAUUGGCAUGCCGGUGUGUAUAAUAUCAGCAUUGCCAAAGCUUACAAAAGAGCAAUAACAUAACAACAAUAUUAAGGGCAUUUAAGAACAUUAUUAAUAGGACCAACAUACACACGCUCAUCCACAUUCUCUCUCUCUAUCUCUCUCUAUCCUUCACAUACGCAUAUGCCAAGUUACACACACACACACACACACACACACACACACACACACACACACACACACACACACACACACACACACACACACACACACACACACACAGACAAUGCCUUUUGCACUUUCUUCAUUGCACUCCUUUUUAGAAGGUCUUUCUUCUAUAAGUGAUUGAGAUAUAUAAUGCCAUUUGUAUUUUAGUCAUUUAGUGACUAUGUAACUUCACUAUUUACGUAGCAUUGGACACAGCCUCUCUGACUGACGUUACACGUCACACUCUCAUGCGGAGAAAAGUUUUUUAACACUGUCUGUAUUUCUGUGUGUAUUUGUGUCAGAGAGUGUGUGUGUUUGGCUUUGGGAAACCAAUCAACAUGAAAUAAACUUCAUUACGUUUCUCAGAAA